AUGCGCCUCCCCGCUAUGCUCCUCCCCGCUAGGCCGCUCUCCGCGCACCCCCUUCCCGCUGCGCGCAAUCUCCGCGGCCAGCCGCCACCAACUGCUGACGUCGCUGAGGCAGCCGUACGGAGCGACGGCGCGACGGGCCACGUGUCAGACGCUGAUAGGCGGCAGCAGACAGUUGCAGCAAUCGCGGCGUCGGGUAUCGUGGCGUGCGUGCGCGCUGAUAGUGCUGACGUGGCGCUCUCUGCUGCGCGUGCUGCGCUUUCUGCGGGGAUCCAGGUGCUGGAGGUCACAUGCACCACGCCUGGCGCCUUCCAGGUCAUUGCAUCAUUAGUCACGGAGUUCCCACAUGCCACCAUAGGGGCGGGCACAGUGCUCUCCCAGCAAGACGCCAUGGCAGCUCAACGUGCUGGCGCUCGCUUCCUCAUGAGCCCCGCCACUGAUGGGGAUCUAGUGGCAUCGCAUGCAGCAGGCCCCAUGGUCUUCAUACCCGGUGCCAUGACACCCACCGAGAUCCUCUCAGCGUCUCGCCUUGGAGCUCCUCUUGUCAAGCUCUUCCCAGCGCCCUAUGCAGGGGGGCAGGCUCUGGUGAGGGCCAUGUACCGAGCAGUGCCGUCCAUAGGGAUAGUGCCGGCACAUGGCAUUCAGAUGGACAUGAUCGAAGGGUAUUUGGAAGCCGGGGCUGUUGCUGUUGUUCUGUCAGAAGCCAUAUUCCAAAAGGAGGACCUCAGGCGCCGGGACUAUGAGAGAGUAGCACAAAGAGCUGCAAAGGCUGUUGAGAUCCUCCAAGAUCCUUACGUGCCCUUCGCCGCAGCCAUGUGGCGCACCGCCGCUUCUCGAUGCGCAUCUACCGCCCUCCGCGCCGCCAGACGCGGGGGGCGGUCCACACCUUGCGCCAAUUCUGCCGCAAUUCACACCGCACUCACCAACACCCACUCCGCCGUAUCCCCCGCAUCUCCCGCUCCGCCCGCCUCCUCUUCCCGCGCCUUCUCCACCAAUCAGGAGCUCCAUCUUCCGCCGCUCGAGCCGCGAUUCGUGCGGCUCGCGCAGGACGUGCUGGACGGCAACCUGCACGCGCUGAGCCGCGCGAUCACGCUCUGCGAGUCCGUGCGCGAGUCGCAUCGCCCGCAGGCCGCGGCGCUUCUGCAGCACGUGCUGGAGGUGGUGCGCGCGCGCAGGGCGCAGGCGGAGGUGGCGCAGGGCGCGGGGAAGGCGAACGCGGGGAUCUUCAAGAUCGGAAUCACGGGGCCGCCCGGCGCGGGGAAGUCGUCGCUCAUCGAACGCCUGGGCAUGCACGCGGUUCAGGACGACAGGCGAGUAGCCGUGUUGGCCAUCGACCCGUCGUCCCACAGCAGCGGGGGGUCCAUCCUGGGCGACAAGACGCGCAUGGAGCGCCUCUCCGCGCACCCCUCCGCCUUCAUCCGCCCCACGCCCUCGCGCGGGGAGGUGGGGGGCCUCGCGCGCAAUACUGCUGACGCCGCGCUGCUCUGCGAGGCGAGUGGGUGUGACGUGCUGCUGGUGGAGACGGUGGGGGGCGGGCAGGCUGACGUGGCAGUGGCGCAGAUCACAGACAUGGUGCUGCUGCUGCUGCCGCCCGCUGGGGGUGACGAGCUACAGGGCAUCAAGAAAGGAGUGGUGGAGAUAGCAGACCUGGUGGUGGUGAACAAGGCGGACGGAGCAAUGGAGGGGGCAGCGCUAGCAGCAGUGGGUGAAUACAGCAACGCGCUGCACUUUGUGCACCCGCGCUACGACUUCUGGAUGACUCCGGUAGUGGCAUGCAGUACACGCACAGGGCUGGGCAUAGAGGACGUGUGGAAGAAGAUAGGAAAGUUCCAGGAAGCCAUGUGCUCGUCUGGUGAACUCCAACAGCUGAGGGGCGCUCAGAACAAGGCACUGCUGUGGAGCACUGUGGAGGCAGAAAUACUGUACAAAUUUAGGUCAGGAGGCAAGCUUCAAGGGCUAAUGAGCCUUCCUUCAGAAACCCACGAAGCAGUCCCCUCUCUUCCACUCUCUGCGCCUCAGCAGCUCUCCUCAAUCCUUUCUCUCAAGCUCUUUGAAAUGGAGUUCCUGCAGCAGCAGUACCAGCAGCAGCAGCAGUCGUUCCCUCUAUCCUCCCCCGUCUCUCCCCUCGUCGACCCCCCUGUUGACGGCGAGGCGGCACUCGGCAAUGCGCUUCUCGCGGCGCAGAAUGCGAUAUUGGGCCUUGUGCGCCUCGUCGACGCCGUCAGCCAGAACCAGCGCGCCAUGCAGCAGCAGCAACAGCAGCAGCAGCAGCGCCACCAGGUUGACACGCUUCACCAGCUGCAGUCCUCCCUCGCCUUCGCCGUCCCCGCGCUCAACACUCUAUCCCAGGCUCCCCUUUCCGCCCCGGCCCCCGCGCCACACCCGCUCAUCGCGCACGACUCGCCCGCCACGUCCUCGCUGUUCGUGCCCUCCUCGACUCCAUCCGUCGCAACAUCCUUUGCGCCGUCCCCCGCAUCAUCCGAGGGCUCCCAUCCGUCCUCGCUGCCUGUUCUUCAGAAGGUCUUCGCCGGAAAGCGCUCCCGCGGUGGUGACUCCGCUAAGACUGUCCGCGGAAAGCGCGCUAAGCAGGAGCCAGUUUCUCUCGACGCUGCUGCGUGGUCUUCGGAGGAAGAAGACAAGGAUUCUGAUUCUGAAGUUGUCGCGUGCAAGGCGGCUCGUGACCAGGGUCCGCGGUACAAGGGCGUGCGCCAGCGCAAGUGGGGGAAGUGGGUGUCGGAAAUUCGCGAGCCCCGCAAGCGCACGCGCAUUUGGCUCGGCUCGUUCGACUCUCCCGAGGAUGCUGCCCGCGCGUACGACGUCGCCGCACGCCUCCUUCGUGGAUCCAAGGCGUCGCUCAACUUCCCCGGUAGCUUCCAGCUGGUCCCGUUGCCGCCCGCCACCGCCGAGACGCUGCUGAAGGCGAGCCGCGAGGCCGCGAAGAUGUUCGACACGUCCGAGAUUGCCGAUGCGCUCGAGAAGUCUCUCCAGGGCCAGGCGAUCCACACCGCCGGCCUUUCGCUCCCGCUCCCGUCCCCCGCCUCCCCCUCGUCCCCCGUUUCCCCUGCUGCGCCCGCUUCACCAGCGUUUGUUCCGGAGCUCGAGCCUUCGCCCGCUAUGGGCGGUGUGAAGCUGGAGGCGACGGAGAGCGAGACAAGCAGCGAGGAAGACGCGGAGUGCCUUGACGCGCUGCUGCAAGACCUGGCGCCGAUUGACAACACGGACAACAUCUUCCGCGAUAUGCUUGACGACUUUGAUGCGUUUGACGCGUCGCAAAUUGCUGCUUCCGAUGAUGCGGAAUUCUUCAGCGUUUGGGCGAAUUAA